UCCUGCUGAUUUUAAUCCUAACUCAUUAAGGAACCGAGAGCAAGUGCCUGUGCAAGCCCUCUGGGGAAAGAGAGAAAGUGACAGGAGAAGGACAGAGCACUAACAAUCCAUCAAAAGAGACAAGUGGACUUAAUUCACGGCUUGAGAGACAGAAGAAGGGAGAAAUUCUUUUACUUUUGCUGCUCAGUCUCAUGCCUGCUUUCCCUCAUUGCCCUUUCCCUUGCUUUUCCUAAACCUCUCUGCUCGUAAUCGUAACGUGUGGCCUGUUCAAGCAUGCCCACAAACGGACUUAGCCGGGCUCUCAAGCUGCAAUUUGGCCUCAUCAACUAUGAGAACCGCUACCUGACAGCUGAGGCCUUUGGCUUCAAGGUGAACGCCUCAGGUAUCAGCAUGAAGAAGAAACAGAUCUGGACCUUGGAGCAAGAUGAGCAAGAUGGGCAAGUAGUGUUCCUACGCAGCCACCUGGGACGCUAUCUGGCCUCUGACAAAGAUGGGAAGAUCGUAUGUGGGGCAGAGAAGCCUGACCCUGAAUGUCGUUUCCUUAUUGUGCCCCAGUCUGACGGUCGCUGGGCGUUGCAAUCCGAGCCCUUCCUGCGUUACUUUGGAGGCUCGGCUGACUACCUGUCCUGCUUUGCCCAAGUCAUUGGGGAACAGGAGCUGUGGGCCGUCCAUUUGGCCUUACACCCACAGGCCAGCCUGCUCAGUGUGGCUCGUAAGCGUUAUGCCCAUCUGUCUGCUUCAGAUGGUGAGAUCUCAGUGGACAGCAACAUCCCCUGGGGAGUGGACUCACUGGUCACCUUAGUAUACCUGGAUGGCAAGUACAGCCUGAAGACCUGCGAUAGUCGUUUUCUCAGCAGUGAUGGAAAACUGGUGAAGGAGAACACCAACAACACUAGCUUCACGCUGGAGCUGAAAUCUGGCAAGCUGGCUUUUAAGGACUGUGAUGGGAAAUAUCUGACCCCAGUGGGACCCACAGGAACGCUGCGUUCUGGCCGAUGCUCCAAGCCUGGAAAAGACGAGCUGUUUGAUCUCGAGGAGAGUCAUCCACAAGUAGUUUUUCAAGCCACCAAUAAAAGAUUUGUCUCAGUCAAGCAAGGAGUGAGCAUUUCAGCCAAUCAGGAUGUGGAGACAGACAUGGAGACCUUCCAGAUGGAGAUAGAUAAGGAGAGCAAAAAGUCUAUGUUCAGGACCAAUGGUGGCUCAUACUGGACUUUAGUGAGUCAUGGAGAGAUCCAGUCCACUGCCACAGAAGUUGAGGUCAACACAAUGUUUGACAUUGAGUGGCGAGGACGACGAGUAGCAAUCAGAGCAAGUAAUGGAAAGUAUGUCUGCACAAAGAAGAAUGGGCAGCUCUCAGCGGUCAGCGAUACAGUGGGUGAUGACGAAUUGUUGCUGAUGAAGCUCAUCAACCGCCCAAUGCUGAUCCUUCAUGGUGAGAAUGGCUUUGUGUGUCACCACAAGAACUCCAACACUUUGGAUGCAAAUCGGUCCGUCUAUGACAUCUUCUCACUGAUCUUCAAUGACGGCGCCUACAAUAUAAAAAGCGUGAACGGAAAGUUCUGGUACGUCUCUAACAGUGGCCUAGUGUGCUCAGAUGGAGAGAAGUCAGAGGACUUUUUCCUUGAGUUCCUGGAACAUGGACGUGUCGCUAUCAAGGGCUCCAAUGGCAAGUACCUCCGUGGAGAUCAGGGAGGUACACUCAUGGGUGAUGGCCCAUCUGUUGAUGCAUCAUCUCUCUGGGAGUACUGAUCCCUUCGAUGAGGGUUGUUACCGAGACCCUAACACACAGAUGCAUGAUCAGCUUUUGUCAGGUCUUAUGAAGCAGACUGACUGGAUAACAUUUUCAUGCCUGUUUUUAUACUAGGUAUCCUAUUCCAUGUUUUUUGUUUUGUUUUUCUUUUUUAAAUUGGGAAGGAGAGAACCUUUUAGAAGAAAAGCAUGUUUUUUUUCUUGUGAAUAUUAGAUGUUUUGUCUUUCAAAUGAAACAAAUGCCAACAUCAAACAACACAUACUGUGUGAAAAUGUAUAAAUUCAAAUAGGGAAUAGGGGAGUGGCUGUUACAAUUCUUUCAAACACACGCUGUUCAAUAUACACACAAUGGCAGCCAUGUUUUUGAAGACAGCCACACUGGUCACUCAUAAAACAUAGAGAAACAGAGGCUCAGUGCCUCACUCGGUUUGCUGCUGUUGUAAUUGUCACAAAUUUUCUUUUUAGCCUAUUCAGAAAGUAUUUUCAUUAAAUGCAACAAAAGGAACCUUCACUCCUUAUGUUGCUGCUAUAGUCCACAUGCUAAACAGACAAAAUAUCUUCAGAAGAUAGCAAAAAAAUAAAUAAAAAAUUUGCUAAUUAAAAUGUUGGCACAGACAAAGUCACAUCAGUGCUGAGCAACAUUCACACAGUCCAACUAAAAAUAAAUUAAAAAUAAAACCUGAAUCAUGAAAUCAUUCUUAGGUUUACUUAAAAAACAGGGAUACUCCAUCCAUCCAUCCAUUAUCUAUACACCGCUUAAUCCUCACUAGGGUCGCCGGGGGGGGGGCUGGAGCCUAUCCCAGCUGACUCGGGCGAAGGCAGGGGACACCCUAGACAGGUCUGUCGCAGGGCCACAUACAAAGACAAACAAGCACUCACACAUUCACACCUACGGGCAAUUUAGAAUAAUCAAUUAACCUCAGCAUAUUUUUGGACUGUGGGAGGAAGCCGGAGUACCCGGAGAAAACCCACGCAUGCACAGGGAGAACAUGCAAACUCCACAGGGAUACUCAUUUAUAGACAAAAAUUUUAAUUUCAUUUGCUUUAGGUCAGUAGACAGCUGCACCGAUAUAUAUAUUGUGCAACCUCUGGUGACAUAAGUGAUUUCUUACUUUUAAAUGCUCUCUAAGAAAAGUGCGGUAUGAGUCACGCUAAGUAAAGGUAAUGCUCCAUUGUCUUCAAAGGCUGCAAACGGCUGGAGCCAUGGUGCUUUCAUUUAUCUUAAUGGAACAUUUGCAGCUACCAUCAAAGAGCAUAAUGAAGCAAUUCAAGUGGACAUGAAAAACUAGAGCGUCUCACUCGCUUCUGCAAUGCUGAGAACGUAAAUCCAAAGAAGACUUAAGGCAGCCUCACCGCAAACACUGAAAUCCUUUUUUUUUUUUUUUUUUUUUUGCUAGCAUAGAUGUAACACACAAAAAGAUCACACAUGUUCAGGAACAAAGAAUACCAGAAGGAAUAUGGCCCAUCCAUAUCAGGGACAAGCAAGAAUCCAGAGAGGGAGCACAUAUAAAGCAUUUGAUGGACUGCACAUCAUUUUUAAAUGUACCUGGUAUGAACUCAGAAAAUGCUUCUGUGGUGUUCUGCCUAGGGGCCUUAAUCCAUACUUUACUCUAUCCCUUUAUACCUUGUUUUCAUGUUGGUGGGUAGCAAGAUAAGAAAAUACCAUGGAUUUUAAUAACAGAUAUUUUUGAAAAACAGCUUGCUGGAAUACUUUUAUCUAAAAAAAGUGUCAGGCCAAUACAACAGUGGCAACUUAUGGAAAUAUCAAGAAAGAAAAAUCAGUUUGAAUCAUAGCUUGAAUAUAAGAGAUGGACAUAGUCACUCACUGGUUUGUGGACUACAGUUUUAAAACUUCAAGUAUGGCAUUUUUUGCUGGUGUAAUGUCUGUUUUACUCUUAAUGGGAUCACAGUUCACAAAAUGAACAUUAUGCUGUAAUGAAGGAAACUUGAAUCUAGUGAUUGACACCAUGAGCUCGUUUAGAGAAUGUUUACUGAGUUAAUAAAUCAAAAAAGAUCAAGGUUUUAUUUUUUAGACCUGCAGGCUACGUCCAUCUUCUAUAUACAUUCUUAUGUCUCAAUGCAAAUCUUGAAAUAAUGUGUGUUUUCCAUCUGUUUGCCCACAGUCAGAUUAGAAUAUUCCAACAAUUUCUUCUGUGACUUUGCCCAGGGGUUGUUAGUCAUGCCCAGCCUCAUUCUGUCUGCAAAAUGUUCUGUCAGACAUCUUCAGAAGAAUUGGAAAACACAUUAUUUGACCUUUGUCGGAGUCAGGCUAUCCAUCUACCCUCUGCUUUCAGACUUUGUGCACAGCUAGACCAAGAACAUCCCACUGAAACCGAUAUCAAUAUUCUCAACUAACUGACAGGAAUCAGCUAUACUUCACAAAAUGGUAGAGUAUUCCUCUACUGAUAACUGCUUUUGAAAAUGAGAUCAGUAACUUGUAGUUGACCCUUACCCAACACACACUUUUUAAUGUGGAUACAUAUAUAUACACACACAUACAUACAUACAUAUAUACAUAUAUGUAUAUAUUUUUUUUUUUGGGGGGGGGGGGGGCUCAAUAUCUCACAUGACUCACUGAACUCAUUACAGACUCCUGACACUCAUCAGAUCACUAAGGGCACAAGCUGCCCAGACUUUAUUAGAAGUGAUGUUGGUGUGCAGUACUCAGGAAAACCUGAAAGUGUAUACAAUUAAUCCAGUAGAUUUUUGUCUGUUAUUUCCCCAGGAAAUAAUAAAAUCUGCAAUAGAUCAAGUGUAAUGUUGAAACCUGUGGUUUUGUGAUGUGUGCAAUUUGGAAUUAAUAGAGACACAUUUUAGAAAGCCAGUUCUAAAAUGCUUGGUUACCUAUACAACCUGUAUCAGCUCGACAGAGAGCUUCUGGCCAUAUUUUAGAAUGCAUUUAAUAUACAUAGACAUUUGUUGUUUUAUUAUCUUUGUUUUCUGAUAUGAUUUUUGAACAUUUUAUUGACAAUAAAAACUUGACAAUA